GGUGGGUGGCUAGCUGGCUGUCUGUCUGUGUGUUGGCUGGCUGGCUCUCUGGCUGGCUGUGUGUUGAGUGGGCUGUGGUCUCAGAGGAUUGAUGUAACAGCACUAAGUCCUGACCAGCCUUUAAGUAAAGGGGUUUAAUAGUCACUUACUGGCAGAUGCAAACAUUGGUCUUACAGGGUGUGUGUCAUUACAAACCCUGUUACUGUCUAUGUCAUCUGUAAUAUCACAUAAACCAUUGGGCUAAGCUGGGCUAUAGGCCUAUGCCAUGUUCUAUCCCAGUAACCAUUGGUGUAGGCAGGGCUAGGUUACAUACAGUAACCAUUGGUUUAGGCAGGGCUAGGUUACAUUACAUUUCUAUCCCAGUAACCAUUGGUUUAGGCAGGGCUAGGUUACAUACAGUAACCAUUGGUUUAGGCAGGGCUAGGUUACAUUACAUUUCUAUCCCAGUAACCAUUGGUUUAGGCAGGGCUAGGUUACGUACAGUAACCAUUGGUUUAGGCAGGGCUAGGUUACAUACAGUAACCAUUGGUUUAGGCAGGGCUAGGUUACAUACAGUAACCAUUGGUUUAGGCAGGGCUAGGUUACAUACAGUAACCGUUGGUUUAGGCAGGGCUAGGUUACAUACAGUAACCGUUGGUUUAGGCAGGGCUAGGUUACAUACAGUAACCGUUGGUUUAGGCAGGGCUAGGUUACGUACAGUAACCAUUGGUUUAGGCAGGGCUAGGUUACAUACAGUAACCAUUGGUUUAGGCAGGGCUAGGUUACGUACAGUAACCAUUGGUUUAGGCAGGGCUAGGUUACGUACAGUAACCGUUGGUUUAGGCAGGGCUAGGUUACAUUACAUUUCUAUCCCAGUAACCGUUGGUUUAGGCAGGGCUAGGUUACAUACAGUAACCAUUGGUUUAGGCAGGGCUAGGUUACAUACAGUAACCAUUGGUUUAGGCAGGGCUAGGUUACGUACAGUAACCAUUGGUUUAGGCAGGGCUAGGUUACGUACAGUAACCGUUGGUUUAGGCAGGGCUAGGUUACGUACAGUAACCAUUGGUUUAGGCAGGGCUAGGUUACAUACAGUAACCGUUGGUUUAGGCAGGGCUAGGUUACAUACAGUAACCGUUGGUUUAGGCAGGGCUAGGUUACAUACAGUAACCAUUGGUUUAGGCAGGGCUAGGUUACGUACAGUAACCAUUGGUUUAGGCUGGGCUAGCUGUUCCAUUCUGAACCUGAUCCAGCUGUUCCAUUCUGAACCUGAUCCACACCUCAAUCUGUUUUCCCCCUUAUCCAGCUGUUCCAUUCUGAACCUGAUCCAGCUGUUCCAUUCUGAACCUGAUCCAGCUGUUCCAUUCUGA